ACACACACACACACACCACAGGAGCAGAUUUUCUGUCAGAUGGAUGUAUCCGUCUGAAACAAGAAAGAAGAAACAAGAAAGAAACAUACGUGUUUCCUGCAAGAUAUCACCAUGACCAAGAAUGUGCUUCUCAGUACAAUCAGGGAGAGCCUGAACCCGUCCAAUACCUCCAGAUUUAAUGAGAACCUGCAGACCCACCAGAACAUCACCUAUGUGGAUUUCUACCUCCACAAACCCUCAGUGGCUGCCGUCUUCACCGUAUCCUAUCUGCUCAUCUUCUUGGUGUGCAUGCUGGGCAACGGAGUGGUGUGUUUUAUUGUCGUCCGCAGCAAGAACAUGUGCACGGUCACCAACAUUUUUAUUCUCAACCUGGCCAUCAGUGAUCUCUUGGUUGGCAUCUUUUGCAUGCCGACCACCCUGGUGGACAACAUCAUAACAGGCUGGCCUUUUGGUAGUGUGGUGUGUAAGCUGAGUGGUUUGGUUCAAGGGAUAUCUGUGUCUGCGUCUGUUUUCACUCUGGUUGCAAUAGCUAUUGACAGGUUCCGCUGCAUUGUCUACCCGUUCAAGCAAAGGUUUACCAUUGCCACCUCCAAACUAAUCAUUGUAAUCAUAUGGCUGCUGGCUGUGUCCAUCACGUGUCCAUCUGGGGUUAUGCUACAGGUCACAAAGGAACAGACAGUCCAAAUAAUCCACAGUUCCAACAACGAAACGCAGCCUUUCUACUGGUGCCAUGAAAACUGGCCCAAUCAGGAGAUGCGGAAAAUCUACACCACAAUACUUUUUGCCAAUAUUUAUCUAGCACCUCUCAGUCUUAUUGUCAUCAUGUAUGUUCGCAUCAGUUUCACCCUCUUCAAGACCACAAUACCGCCAUUGCAAGGUAGCAAGAUUCAGUUUGAAGGUGGCAACAACAGCAUCAAACUGAGCAUGGAAAGCUGCCACAAAAAUUCUCGUAAGAAGAAGGUGAUAUUGAUGCUGCUGGUUGUGGCGCUGCUCUUCACCUUAUCAUGGCUGCCACUGUGGACGCUUAUGAUGCUGAGUGACUACGCCAGCCUCACAGAGUACCAGUAUCGUGUCAUUAAUAUCUAUGUGUAUCCAUUAGCUCACUGGUUGGCCUUCUUCAACAGCAGCGUCAAUCCCAUCAUCUAUGGCUUCUUCAAUGAGAACUUCCGUAGGGGAUUCCAGGCGGCAUUUAAAUUCCAGCUGUGUUCUCUUGACAUCGAAUGGCAGAAGAGCUUUUCACUCAGACUCCGAGGGAAUGCUGUGCUCCCAGCUCAGCCUCCCACUCUCAGGAGAUCAGGAAUGUCCAGAAGUAGGGAGCUUGAGUAGUAGACAUGAUGAUAAAGACUAGGGGCUGACUAUGGACAACUUAGAAAUGGUCUCUCAGAUUUUAGAAUACAAACUCAGACUGUAAAGCUUCAGAUCAUUUAUUAACAACAGUGAGGUGAAGGUUUGGAUUCUGACAGUUAAAGUGUAACUGUAACAGGUGGAAUGUU